CGCUUCCGCGAUUACGGGUCACGCUCGGGUAUUCUCGGCCCAGGCCCCGGUGGCACAGGGAGAACAGUGAUAUAUUGUGUGAAACCAGUUGACAUGGCGAUGAACAGUGAUGUCCCUCAUUUACUGUUUGGAGGCUCUUUUUCAGCGAUUAUCCCCCCUCACUCAGUUGAUGUCAGCGAAAUCCGUGAAAUCCCUGAUAACCAGGAAGUAUUUGCUCACAGUAAUACGGACCAGAGCAUCGUCAUCGAGCUGCUAGAACACCAGAAUCACGUUCCUGAUCAGGAAGCAGCCAGGUACCAUUUUGCUGAUAUUGCGAGCAGUAACGAUGUGAGCGGUAUGGACAGCACAGAGAUUCUGAGUGUGGAGCCUGUUGGCAGUGACCAGAUUACACUACAAGAUCCCAGCAGCGCCUGGCUCCUCUCUGGGAGGCAGCAGGUGGCUAAAUUCAAUGAGCAGGCUAGAAAUACUGUGACAAUUCACCUGGCACUGUUCAGACUCCCACAGUACUCCACUGAUAUCCUCAUCACAUUUAAUGAUCCGACAGUAAUCAGUCCGUUUAGCAGCAGUGUGGGUGGGAGUUCUGUGCAAUCAGGAGGGAUGUCUGCCAGUGCUGCGCCACACUGGACCCUGCAGCAGUUCCGCACCACCGUGCAGUCCUUCCGGCUCCUGGAUCCGACCAUUUUCUCCUGAACACCUGUGCUUUGUGGUUAGACAUUGCACUGUGGGGACGGCGAGAGUCUCGGUCAUCUUCUGCUUGCGCAUGGUGCCCAGACUGUGACAAACGCCAUUGUGGACAAGUACGCAGGUGGAUUUUUCAAUCGUGGACGGGAGCUUUCGUUGAAAGAGGAUGAGGUAUCCAUACUGUUAGGUAAUACAGACUUGCUAACAGGAAUAAGAGGAGACCAUUCAGCCCCUGGAGCCUGUUCCACCAUUCAUUGAAAUUCUUGGCUGAUCUGUAAUCUAACUCCUCAUAUCUUUGCCGAUACUCCUUUAUACCAUUGGUCAUCAAAAGGAAAAUCUCAGAUUUAAAAUCAACAAGUGAUCAUGCAUCAGUGAUGUUUGUGGAGGAGAGUUCCAAAUUUCGAUCACCUUCACUAGGUCAAAGUGAUUGCUUCUGAUACUCCUGAAAGGUCUUCAUUUUCAUUCUCUGCAUUAGAAUCUCGGAUUUUCCAACCACUCAAAGCAAUUUCUGUCUCUUUCCACUAUACUUGCUUCCCUCAAUAGCUUUAAAACUUUGAUUAAGCCACCCUUUAAUCUUCUAAAUUCCAUGAAAUUUUGUAAUAUUGCUAUAAAAACAUAAUUAGGGCAGUGAAAUGUGAAGCCAUGUUGGCAAGGCUGUCUGUCUGCAUUCAAAUAUUUCACUCCAUUUAAUCCCUCAAUAAUACUUCCCUUGUCCAAUUUUAAUUGUCCAAGGUAAACAAAGGGGAAGGGACCCAUCUAAAGAAGGGUCACUGGACCCGAAACAUUAAUUCUGAAUUUGCUUUACGGAUGCUGUCAGACCUGCUGGGCUUUUCCAGCAUCUUCUGUUUUUUGUAAACAGUAAGGGUUCUGAUUUCAUCCAACUCCAGCUGUCCCUGUAGGCUAGUGUUUUUACAAAUCAUAGUGUAAGAGAGUCCCUACAGUGUGGACACAGGCCAUUCGGCCCAACAAGUCCACACCGCCUCUCCAAAGAGUAUCCUACCCAGACUCAUUCCCAUACCCCUGCAUUUCCCAUGUCUAACCAACCUAACCUAAACACCCCUGGGCACUAUAGCAUGGCUAAUCCACCAAGCCUGCACAUCUUUGGAUUGUGGGAAGAAACCGGAGCACCCGGAGGAAACCCACGCAGGCACGGGAAGAAUGUGCAGAUCCCACACAGACAGUUACCCGAGGGUGAAAUCGAACCCGGGUCCCUGGUGUUGUGAGGCAGCAGUGCUAACCACUUGCCAUCCCCUGGCCAAAUCCUAGCAGUUUCCCAAUCACUUCAAUGCCUUUGACUUAGACACUACCCCCACUCUGCUCCUUUCAACUUCUCCCUGUGCCUUUGCUCAUGCUGUGGUUGCCUUCUCGUUCCUUGUCCGUCCACCACUUGUCUUGCUGGCAGACUCUUUGUUAAUGGAGAGAAUCACCAUCAUGUGCAGCUGUGCCCUCACCCAGGAAGCCUGUCCAUCUCAAGCUGUUCUGAAAGUUGUGUUCCAUCUAGAUACCCUCCCAAACUGGGCUGUUAAUUGGUUUGUGUGUCUGUAAGUCUCUGUAUGCGUAGAGAGACAGUGUGGAGAGGGGUGCCUCUUCCGCACUAGAAUGCUUUGCCGACCAUCUCAAUCCAGCCCUUUCUCCCAGCCACCAUUCUACCAGUUAACAGCUGGUUAUCUCAUGGGAAUCCUCGCUGUCUUCCUUUUGUGACCCUGACGUGCCAUGACCUCAUUAGCUCAGUGCCACACUGGAUGAAAUUAAUGGCUAUUCCGAAUGUGCCAGCCCACAGCCCCUGUUAUUCACCUAACCUGUCCAGGGGUAAACUACUGCGCAGUGGAACUUGGUGAGGCAGCUACAGCCAUCAGCCUGUUCACAGGAAGAAUCUCCAGGAGCUGGAUGUCCGUGAAAUAUUCUUUUAUACAGUGACUUUCACCAGCUCAGAUGGCUCUGACGCAAUGUACAACCAAUGGCAUAGUUCUUCUAAAGUGUAGUUACAGAUGCAGGAAACACAGCAGCCAAAUUACACACAGGAAGCUCUCUCAACCAGCAGGAUGUUUUGUGACUGGAUAAUCCACUGGCUGUGAGAUAAUAACCAGGACAUCUGGGGGAGGAUUCCCUGGCUCUUGUUGGUAGUAAGGGCCGUGGGAUGUUUCCUAUCUCCCAGUGGUGGGCAGUUGGCUGGAUGAAAGCAAGCUGUAGUUUGAUGACCUGUCAAAAUUAGGCAGCCUGAAAUCAGCCCAGCUGACAGGAAGUGAACUGUGUACAGGCAGUUUCUAGUCACUGACAUCUCUGCUACCUAGUGAGUUUUAGCUGGUUGGCUGAAUGAUUGAUUUGAAAUUUAAUAUUUGUUUCAAAUCUGGAUUCUUUGGUGGGUUGUUGUAAAGGCCUGAGUUAUUUGACACAUAGUAUAUACUAUUCCUUCAUGGGUUAUGUGUUAAUAACUUAAUAAGCUAUUUCAGAGCACCUGGCAAUUAAAACAAUAUGUUAAUUCACUGACCAGAGAUGGUGCUAAAUCAUAGAGCAGCCAUGGUGGCAUGAGAUACCGGGACAGUUGGUAUCUGACCACUUCCUGCUCCUAUGAAAGGUCCCUCCCCACUCUGCAAUGUCAGUUGUUUUUAAUCUGUGUGGUGUUGGAAGAGGGUAUGAAACUAGUUUCCGUGACACAGAGGGAAUUUUCCACCGUGUUUCCUGAUAUUCCAAAAGCAGGCAGAGGCCUCUCAUUGGAAAAUGUACUUCCCAAAUUGUUGUUUUCCCUUCUUCCCGUCUGAAUUGCUCAGAUGUCAUUUAUUUAAGUCUUGGUGGGUCAUGAAUGCAUCGCUGGGGCUGAAGGUUGUGAGUUCAAGUCUCCUUUCUAAGGAGGCUUGAGGCCUCAUUACCAACACACCCUCUGCAUUGCAGGAGGGCUGCGAAGUGUGCCGGAGGGAUGUUUUAGGAAAAAAAAACACGCACAUCCAAAGCCACUGUCUCCAAAAAAGGCAGAGUCCCAACUACCCCCACCCCCAAACGGAGCUGACCAACUAGUCACAUCAUCCCAGUGCUGUUUGUGGGAUCUUACUGUGCUGUGUCUGCCUGUACAGCAGUGGAAGUGAUUGCAUUUCAGAACUAAUUGAAUGGUUGUCUGGUGUCUGUCGGGCAUUGCGAGGACAUGAAAGGCUCUAUCUAACUGCAGGCUCUGUACCUGAAGUGCGCAGAGCAGCCAGUCACUUGUGAAAUUGAGGGUAUUCCUUCAAUAACAGUGCCAGCACAUCAGCGCCUGUGCUGCAUUUAAAAAGUUCUUUCACGGGAGUUGAGUACAAGGCUAGCAUUUACUGUCAGUCCCUAAUUCUCCUUGAAGCGAGUGCCUGGCCAUUUUGGAGGGCAGUUAAAUGUCAGUACUUUAGUUGUGGGUCUAGAGUUUAGUGUAGGCCCAGACUGGUUAAUGAUGGCAGACGUCCUUCCCUGAAGUACAUAAGUGAACCAGUUGGGUUUUUACAACAGUCAAUGAUAGUUUCAUGGUCACCAUCACCAAUUCUAGAUUUAUUCACUGAGUUUAAAUCCAGGGGAUUUGAACCCGUGUCCACAGAGCUUUCGUCCCUGCCCCUGGAUGCCGAGUCCACUGACAUUACAACACUGUCAUCUUCUUUAUAGUCUUCUUGGAGCAGCUUCUGUUUCACAUCAGUAGACCAUAAGAUAUCAGAGCAGAGUAGGCCAUUCAGCCUAUCAAUUCAAUUCUGUCCAAUGUAUCCUCUUCCAUGAAAGAAUUUUUUAAGAUGUAGAAUAGAUGCGAAUAUGUUGGCACAUUGUUCCCACUUUUAUUGAAAGAAUACCUGUGAUUUCAAAAGUGAGUUGAUGCACUGUGUACUUCAGAUACAGAGCCUGAAUUUAGAUAGAGCCUUUCACACCCUCGCAAUGUCAUUCAGUGAGAUCAUGGCUGAUCUGGUAAUCCUCAACUCCUCUUUCCUGCCAUUUCCCCAUAACCCUUGAUUCCACGACUGAUUAAAAAUUUGUCUCAGCUUUGAAUAUACUGAAUGAUACAGCCUCAACAGUCCUCAGCAGUAAAGAAUUCUACAGAUUCUCUACACUCUAAGAGAAGAAAUUCCUCCCCUUCUCUGUCUUUAAUAUCCUACCCCUUACCCUGGUGAGAUGAUGCAUUCUGGUCCUGAACUCUCCCACAGAGGGAAACAACCUUUUACACAUCUACCCCCUCAAGUCCCUUAAGAAUCUUGUAGCUGUCAAUAAGAUCACUUCUCAUUCGUCUAAACUCCACUGAGUACAGGCCCAAUCUACUCAACCUCUUCUCCCAAGACAUAUCCUCCAUACCCAGGAUCAACCUACUGAACCUUUUCUGGACCGUCUCCAAUGCCAGUGUAUAUUUCCUUGGAUAAAGUGCCAAAAUUAUUCAGUAUUCCAGCUGUGCUCUGACUCGUGUCGCGUACAGUUUUAGCAAAACUUCCCUACUUUCAUGCUCUGUUAACUUUGAAAUAAAGGCCGACAUUUCAUUUGUCUUCUCAUUAUCCAC